UGGGACCGUUUGUACCGCGUUUUGUCUCUGCGUUUUAACGGAAACUCCUCCGGUAAUCAUGUCCAAUUAAUUAAUUCGGUAUUUUUGAGUAGGGGGAGAUUGAAAUACAUCCCGUUGUGAGACAUGGAGGCUGUGAGUAAGUGGACCCCGCAACAAGUGGUGGACUGGAUGAGAGGUCUGGACGACAGCCUGCAGCAGUACAUGCCGGCCCUCCAGCGACAGCAGGUGGACGGGGAGAAGCUGCUGAGGCUGUCCCACCAGGAGCUGCUGUCUCUGGGCCUGACGCGGGUCGGACACCAGGAGCUGGUGCUGGAGGCUGUGGAUCUGCUCUGUGCACUGAACUUGGGUGUGGAGAAGGACACCCUGAAGACGUUGGUGGGGAAGAUGCGAGCGGCGCACAGCAACCUGAACACGGCGGUGUCGGAGCGCAGGAAGAACCCCGCCUACCACAGCAAGAUCUCCCAUCAGCCCUCCAACGAGUUCCUGACGGCCGUGGUGGAGCUGAUCGGAGCCGCCAAGAGUCUGCUGUCCUGGCUCGACAGAACUCCUCUGACGAGCUCCAACGACUUCACCCCCACCAAGAGCCGAAUCAUCAAGCUGUGCCUGGAGCUCACCUCCACCGUGCAGAAGAACUGCACUGUUUAUGAGAUCGAGGAGAAGAUUCUGGAAGUGUCUCGCGCUCUGAACGGCGUCUGUGAGAAGACGGCUCAGGCGACCUCUGACCCCUCGAAGAGCGAUCAGUCCUGCCUGGAGGAGGUUCACAUCCCCAACGUCAAGCCUGGGGAGGGACUGGGUAUCUACAUCAAGUCCACGUACGACGGGCUGCACGUCAUCACAGGAACUACAGAGAACUCUCCUGCAGAUAAGACUCAGAGGAUUCAUGCUGGAGAUGAAGUGGUUCAGGUCAACAGACAGACAGUGGUGGGCUGGCAGCUGAAGCCGCUGGUGGAGGCUUUAAGGGCGGAGUCAGGCGUGGUGCUGCUGCUGAAGAAGAGGCCUUCAGGGUCAUCGGGAGGUUUCGCCCCCGCUCCACUGAAAAACCUGCGCUGGAGGCCGCCGCUCGUACAGACCUCUCAAGGAGCUCCGGGUCUUUCCAGGUCUCGACAGCCUGAAACGUACGUCCCUCCUCCUCCUGCAGCGCCUUACACACCAAUAGACGGGAACAUGAACGUGACUUCGGGAGUCAAAAUGAGGCCGAAGUCUCCCAACUCGUGUCUGGACGCAGACGUGAGGCGACGCUUCACGUUCGCCGAAGAUAACAGGACUCCUGUCAGCCCGCCGGAACACAACCAACCAAUCCCUGUGAGCCUCAGACAGAGAUCAUCUGCACGCUGUAAACCUCGUCCGGUCUCCAUGCCGGUGGAGUCGUCCUCAGGAGUGCCGUCCUGCCGGCCUGUGGGGAGGAAAGGUCACAAGGAGGUGCUGCACCGGUACCUGAGUAACGAGGGGAUCAGCUCCAUCCCAGAGGAGGAGCCGUGCUUCCCGCUGCCGUACCGAGGACACCCGUCUGUCCGCGGCGUCGACCACAUCCGAGGCAGCCAGUGCUUCAUCAACGCCAACCUGCACAACUCCUCCACCAUCCCCUACCAGGAGGGGGUGUCCAAGAAGCCCUCCGCCCCCCCAUCAUCAUCUGCUGCUGCUGCUUCCCCUCCUCCGAUGUCCAACACCAAGCCCACCUCGCUGCUGGGAGGCUGGCUGGCUCGCCUCCGGCUGCUCAGCCACACAUUCUCACAGGCAGCUUCCUCCUCUGCUGAGCUGCAGAGACGACACACUGCUGCAGCAAUGAGCCGACGGCGUGUCUCCGUGAGAGACCUGGGUCGGACGGACUGUCAGGGCUGGCUGCUCCGCCGGAAGGAGGCGCGCAGCUUCCUGGGAGCCAGGUGGAAGAGGUACUGGUUCGUCCUGAAGAAGAGCUCGCUCUACUGGUACUCCAACAAGAUGGCGGAGAAAGCUGAAGGGUUCAUCUCCCUGCCCGGCUUCACCAUCCAAAAGGCCCAGCAGUGCAAGAAGAAACAUUCCAUAACAGCCAGCCAUCCUCUGGUUGUGACCAUCUUCAUCGCUGCAGAGAGCUUCACAGACAUGAACAAGUGGAUCAGUAAACUGUCAGAAGCAGCUGAGCCGAGUGAGCUGAUCGACACUGAAGAGUGCUACAGUGAGGGCAGCGAUCAGGAAGCAGCAGAAUCUGACAACGGAGAAGAGGUCCCGCCUCCCUCUGAUGUCCCGCCUCCCUCUGAGGUCCCGCCUCCCUCUGAGGUCCCGCCUCCCUCUGAGUUCCCGCCUCCCUCUGAGGUCCCACCUCCCUCUGAGGUCCCGCCUAUCUUUGAGGUCCCGCCUCCCUCUGAGGUCCCGCCUCCCUCUGAGGUCCCGCCUCCCUCUGAGGUCCCGCCUCCCUCUGAGGUCCUCCCUCCCUCUGAGGUCCCGCCUAUCUUUGAGGUCCCGCCUCCCUCUGAGGUCCCGCCUCCCUCUGAGGUCCCGCCUCCCUCUGAGGUCCUCCCUCCCUCUGAGGUCCCGCCUAUCUUUGAGGUCCCGCCUCCCUCCGAGGUCCCGCCUCCCUCCGAGGUCCCGCCUCCCUCUGAGGUCCCGCCUCCCUCUGAGGUCCCGCCUCCCUCUGAGGUCCCGCCUAUCUUUGAGGUCCCGCCUCCCUCUGAGGUCCCGCCUCCCUCCGAGGUCCCGCCUCCCUCUGAGGUCCUUCCUCCCUCCCCCUGUGGUGAGGAGGAGGAGGAGGGACCUCUGAGCAGAAAGGGAAGAGGUAGAAGAAGAGUGGGGGGGGGCCGAGGAGGAGCGUCUGUCCCUCUGCUGCACGUCCCAGAAGAGAGAGAAGAAGAAGAAGAAGAAGGAGGAGAAGGAGGAGGAGGAGGAGAGGCCGUCACAGGUCUGUCUCCUGCAGAUCCUCCUCCUGACGAGAUGGAGUUGCUCUACCAACGCCUGCAGGCCGCACGCCUCUCUCCCAUUGGUCAGUCGUCUCAGAAAGACUUCAGAGCCUCGUUCAUCCGCCGCUGUCCCGACGACAAGAUCAACGAAGAGCUUCACCUCCUGAGGAUCCUCAGCAGCACGAUGAAGGCGAAACAGAGUGAGCUGCAGACUCUGGAUCAGAUUCUGAACGACCCGGCUCUUGCGGCGCCGACGUACAGGAAGUGGAAACUUUGUAACCUCCUGUUGCUUCAGGAGGUCGCUCAUCACAGCCGGGCUGCAGGGGGCGCUGCAGAGCCUGAGGACGCUUUCACAACAACAACAACAACAACAAAGACAACAUGAACGCUAUUACAAUCAAAACAAACACCAAGUGACUCUUAUAUAUUUCACUUUAAUGUGAUUUACAUCCAUUCACUCAGGCACUGUACUAAUAUAUAAUAAUAUAUAUAUAUAAUAUUGAUAUGUGUGUGUUUAUGAAAGGUGUUAUUAAAGCUGCACAAAUAUCGUUAUCUUAUUAAUAUUCUUAAUAUUAUUUUUCAUGUCAUAGUAUUGUUUUCUAUUUUAAUGUUUUCUAUUUUUGUAUUAUUUUUAUUAAACACCUUGAUUUUGUUUGCCUCACUUAAGUCCUGAAGUG